AUGAGGAUUCCAACCACUCCGAAAUCCCCAGAUAUCCAUCCACAGCCCGGCUUUCGGAUGAGACAGCAGAAUUUGAGUAUAGAUCAUCAAACUGAAGAACCCUCUGCCCCGCCCUCACAAACUCCGCAGGCUGACCCCACCAGCGGAGUGACAUCUGCCAGUCCGUCACCCAUUGGCGAUGGGUCCACAGAGGAUAUUCGUCUGGCCAUGAUGUCACCGACAGGAGCCUUGGACGCCUCCGCUCGCGAGCAGCACUUAAGCCAUGGGUGGGAGUCUCAAAUCCAAUAUCAAAAGAUACCGGCAACGAUUCACUCUCAAGCUGAGGGACUCAAUGCGGCGUAUCCGACCAAUGACUGGAGCCAGAGAUUCGUAAAUGCUUUGGACCGGUCACCCUGCUACGAUCUUCAUGAACCAAGUAGCCACGAUGAUACCCCGGAAUUUCUCUCAUUCUUUCGUACUGACGAGCAAUUGCCACUAACCGCAGCAGAGAUUUUGAUCUUCAGGAAUUAUGUCGAAACCGUUUCUCGAUGGAUUGAUUCGUUCUCUGAAGAUCGGCCGUUUUACUCGGAUGUGCCAAUAAUGGCGCUUCGGUGCCCGGUGCUCAUGAAUUCGUGUCUUGCUCUGUCUGCGAAACAGCUAGCGUUAAAAAGUUCUGAUGAGGAAAUGGCUACGCGAGAGAAAGUUGCGGUCAAGUAUCAUCAGAAGGCGAUCAAAGCUAUUAGUUCUAUACUAGCAGAUUCUGCCUGUGCAUGGCAUGACGAGAUUUUAGCUUCAAGUGUCAUAUUGUCUACCCCAAUUGUUGACCAGUCUCGUGGAGUAUACGGCAAUGCUACCGGCAUCAAGGGUGCUGCAUACUGGACAUGGUAUCGUCACGAGAUUUGGGCUGCACUCCAGACUGGACAGCAAAUGACAUUGAAUGAAAGUUAUUGGAGGCCGGAAGAUGUCGAUAGUUUCGAAAAUCUAUCUAUCGAAGAGAUCUCAAAUCGUGCCAUUUUUCUUCUUGGGCAAUGCGUGUCGUUCUGCAACACUAAGAAAGUCACCGAGGGCAUGACUCACCUUGACAGAACAGAGCAAGAAAAGCGAUUGGCAGCACUUCAACAUGCUCUUGAAGAAUGGAAGGAGAAACUUCCGGCCACCAGCUCGUACUGCCUUUCUGAGUCAGCAUCAUUCCCCCAUACGAGUUCCUCGUACAGUUUCCCUUCGAUCUGGUUUCUGUAUCCACAGAGUGCCGUUGCGUAUCAAGUUUAUCAUGCAUCGAAAAUUCUUCUGAACCUUCAUUUUGAAUCUACCACCUUUCAAAAUAAUCUGGCCGAAGGACCAUCCGUCUUGCGGAAGCCCUACAAAAACUAUGGGCUGAUUGAGCUGUCCGAGCACAAAAGCGAUCGAGAGCUUCAUAAUGCCUAUUCACACGCCAAAGUGGAAACCGAGGUUUAUAUUCCACAACGUGCCGGCUUGUGGCUUUAA